UUUCAGAUUAUGUUCCUCGAUGGAGCCUUAUGAAGACGAGAAUCGUUAUGGGAAAAGGAUGCAGAAUACAAGCAGAAUUCCUAUUGUCAAAUUCACGAAAGCAAGAGGACAUUCAACAUCUCCACUUUUAUCAUUUCGUCAUAGUGAUGAUAGCGAGGACAGUGGUCGAUUUGUCGUAUCGUUCGAUGAUUCAGUUUAUGCAAAUCAAUUCAGCCAAGUGGAAAAUAUUAAUAAAGACCAAACCUCCGAACAACCAGAACACUCUAGAUCACAGCAAUUUUUGUCGGUUUUGUUGCGAGAAACAAGUAGUUGCGGUAGUGAUUCGAUUGCUUCAUGCAGUUUCGAAAGUAAAAUUGCAGAAACCUCGAGAAAAAAAUUGCGAACGGCUUCCUCUUCUGUCCAUCGACCUGAAUUACUUAGUGUACGAAUCAGUGAUCAGGAUUUAAUUAGCUCCAAUGAUUCAUCAUUUCGGGCUGAAAAUGUGUCUCGUCUAAGUGCCGUUUUUGGUAAAGCUAAGAAUAGAGGGCGUAAGCUGGUGCAUUCACAUAAGAACAAAAAAGUUACAAGAAAUACUCACUCGCUUGAAGAAGUCCAUCAAGUGAUCAAUAUUGGACGAGAUGCACUUGGUAUAGAGCCUGAAAUUGAACUGCAAAACAAAGAAUAUGCAACAAGAGAAUCGCCGUCUGCAAAUAAGGUCGCAGUAAUUCGACCAUCAUCGUUUUUCGACUCGUUUCAUGCGUUUAAAGCCGUUGGAAGCGAAGGAGAUAAAGUUUUGAAGUUUGAACAGCCAUGGAUGUUUCAGGUUUUGAUCAAAAGGCAUCAAAUUUUGCCUUUUUUACGACAUCGCAUCAUUUCUGCGCUCCUACUUCUUGUAUUCUCGAUUCUCUCUCCUGGUUUCAUAAGCGGUUUUCUUUGGGGUUUGUACAUAUCAUUUGUGUACUUUCUAUACUUUUUUGUAUCUGAACCGGUGAAUACAAAUCUUCCUGUACAUAGCGAUGUUGUUUUGAACCUAUCGGAAGAGUUUAAGGAACAGGAAACUUCAAGAAAUAAAGUAUAUAAGGGCUGGAUGAAUGAACUUCGUGGCAAGUACCAUUCAUCGACUUAUCAUGUAAAUAAUGCUAAGACUGUGCUUGUAUGUCUCGAUGGUAAUUUAUUGCGUAUUUCACGUCCAGAACGAGCUGUUCUCAAGCAUGCUUUCCAUACUGAUCCAACAUUAACGGAGGCAGAACCAAAGAUUUUGAGUCAAAGUAUAUACAAUUUAACGGGAGCCACGGUUACCCUGCGGCCCAAACGUUUGGCAAGAAGACGUUGGUGGAGUCGUAAGUAUCCUAUACAUAUUCGCUUAUCUUCUAGAAAUAGCGAAAUAUCAACAUUCCCAUUACUUGGAAGGUCACUUUCUAUAAAUGAAGAAAUCGAAUUAGCAAAGUCUUCAUCAAGCAGUGACGAAGAAUGUAAUACAAAUGGAUGCAAGAUAGUUGGAGGGAAAAAAAGCAAAAUAAGAUCACCAGAAUUAGUUGAAGCAAUACAUGAGAAUGAUAUGAAACGCCCUUCGCAGGAAAACCUCAAUGGAGAUUCGCAAACUGACAAGGAAAAUUCAGAUGCUACUUCAUGCUCUGAUGAAUCUGGAAAUAAUCGAAGUAAGGAUGUAGCAGAAAACCGGAGUUUGUACUUCUUUGUUCGUAGUGCUAGGGAAAAAGAGCGUUGGUUUCACAGGUUACGAGAAGCGUGCAGUCAAUGCAGUACGGGAAUUGCGGCUGCAGAAAUAACGCCUCCAAGAAGUAAUGUGGAAGAAGUUUCACCAAGUCGUCGUUUUUCAUUUCCUCUAUCAGCUGCUUAUUCAGAUUCGUUGAAAUUUAGUUUGGAAUAUUUUCUUUACGUCAGCAAUCGCAUACAGUUUGAAAAGUGUAUUGAUGAAAUCUUUAAAAUUUCACGCGAGGAUAACGAAAAACGAACUGAUGGCAAUGUUAUCUAUAUGGAUUUGGGGCGUAACAAAUGGAGCCCUGGGAAAGCUGACAGUGGCUCGCAGCUUGUAAUGUCUGUAAACGCUUUAACUGCUAGAAUAUUUUAUGAUUUUUGUCGAGAUGCAUAUUGGUGCAAGAAGGUACAGGACAAAAUUCAGUCCAAACUAGCCACUCUUAAUUUGCCAUACUUUAUCGAAAUUCUGGAGCUUUCAAAUUUGGAUUUUGGCACUGCACCACCUGAAAUAGUCGCUGUUCAUUCACCUAUUCUGGAUGAUUGGGGACUUUGGAUUGAUUUUGAGUUGAAAUAUCGCGGUAGAAUACAUUUGACAUUGGAAACGAAAGUCAAUUUAAUGAAACUGAAAGAGGGAAUGCACAAGAAUGAAGUAUGCAGAAAGGUUAGCAAAAUGAAGAUCCCGAUGCGCGUUCAUCGCUAUUCUGACUCCGAUUUACCAGAAUCUCCCGAAAAUAGUCCAGAUGAAGAUUUUGGUUCCAAAAUGGAGAAAAUUCAGAUUACCAAAGAAAGUACGGGCAAAAAGUUACUGAAUGUGGUCGAUAAAAUAGCUAGCAGUAAUAUAUUCCAAGGUGCCUCCGAAUUCCGACCUGUAAAAAAGAUGAUGGAGGGUAUAUCAUCGACACGUUUAUUACUAAAUGUUGACGUAAUACACUUGAAGGGCACCAUGACGAUUAACAUUCCUCCACCUCCUUCUGACAGACUUUGGUAUGCAUUCCGUACUCCGCCGGAGCUUUCUAUCAGGAGUGUUCCUCAAGUGGGUGACAGAUUAGUGGAUAUGAGUACCGUCUCCAGCUGGAUUGAAAAUAAGCUUCGUUUACUGUUAGAGAAAAAUUUGGUUUGUCCAAAUAUGGAUGACCUGAUCGUUCCUGUAAUGAGUGGUAAUAAACUUUUAAAUGGUGGCUAUAAUUGCUGA